AUGAAGGGACUCGGGGAGCCCAUCGAAGACGCGGACUUCGAGGUCACCUUGCGCCGCGAGGGCGCGUUUGAGAGGGAGGUGCAGAGGAUCCGAUGCCUUCCGCUCUACGAACACCUGAGGCCUGAAGCUCUCCGGUGCUUUGGGGCGGCUCUGAAGGCCCGGGAGGUGGAUGAGAGCACCGUGGUCUUGCGCUGGAGGGAUCAGGAUGGCCUUCAGUUCACCAUCCAUGGUCAAGAGGAUCUUCUUCAGGCCAUGAAGGAUUCGGUGGACGACCGCGGGGUGGUUCACCUCGACUUCCUCCUGCAGGUGAAGCCUGCGAGCCGCGAGCAGCGCACGUGCCGGACCUGCGCCGUGCUCUUCACCUCGCGCAACCAGCUCUUCCAACACUUGAAGGAGAGUGGGCACGACGGCACCAGCGAUCAUGAGCCAGCAGAAGCGCCAGCAAUGGCAGAGCCUGACCAGAAAGAGGCGCCAGAGGCACCUCCGGCCGGGUUCGGAAACCAAGCCCUGUUCUCCUACUAUGCGCGCCAGCAGAUCGCGCCGAAGGAAGUGUGGGACCAGGCUUAUGAGGCCUUGAAGCAGCCCCUUCCGCUGGUGGUGCGCAUCUCGAGCUCCAGUGUGGGCAGCGUCGUGGAGUCGAAGUUGCUGGAGAUGACGGAAGCGCAAGCUCUGCCACUCCUCUCACACUGCUGGGUGCUGCCAUCUCCCCUAGACACCGAGGCAGGCGCCUUCCUUGCGGCUGCUCAAGAAGUCGGCGCGCUCCACCGCCAGGAGUGGGCCAGCACACUCCCGGUCCUGGCCCUCGAUGUGGGCGGCGAGGACUGCGUGCUGGACCUCUGCGCCUCACCGGGCUCCAAGACUCUGCAGAUCUUGGACAUCAUGACAAGAGAGGCGGUUGAAAAAGGCAAGGGGGGAGGUCUCCUGGUUGCGAAUGACUACUCGCGUCCCCGCGCGGUGGUGGUGGCCCAGCGCUGCAGACGGCAAGGAAAGCAGAGCCUCCUGGUCACAAACUGCGAUGGACGGAAGUUUCCCUCCCUUCGGCGCCGGAAUGGCUACAAGAUCAAGUUCCAGAAAGUCUUGGUUGAUGCGCCCUGCUCUGGGGAUGGGACGCUGCGGAAGAAUCCGGGAAACUGGCGGGCGUGGUGCGUGGGCGAAGCGCUGACCCUGCACACACUCCAGCUAGGCCUGCUUCGCCGAGGCUUCGAAUGCCUCGAAGCAGGCGGGCGCCUCGUCUACUCCACCUGCUCGUUGAACCCAGUAGAGGAUGAGGCCGUCGUCGCCGCGCUGCUGAGCGAAUUCCCGAGUGCAGCUGUCGAGUCAUGGGCUGCGGAAGGGCCCGAAUUCCAGGAAGGGCUGCAGACCUGGAAGGUGCCAGAUAUGCACUUUGAGAGAACUGGCAAGAUGUAUUCCUCCUAUGAGGAGCUUUCUGCAUGCUCAGAGCCCAAGAAGUGGGCCGCGGCAUCCAUGUUCCCUCCUGCUGGCCCUGCGGCGGAGCAGCUUCGAAAGUGCCGCCGAGUGCUGCCCACCAGCGUGGACGCGCACCACGGUGGCUUCUUCGUGGCCGUGCUUUCCAAGCGGAGUGGGGCAGUCACUGAGGCCACGGCUGCACCAGAACAGCCGGAGACCGAGGAAGCGCAGCCGCGGCGCCCCUACCGAGCGUCCCCGCAGCCACCCCUGGGACUAUUCCAGGCUCUUCCGGAAGAGGUCCGAUGCAGCAUCGAGGACUAUUGGGGCCUCUGCUCCACCGAGCAGGCUGCGGAAGCUGGAGUUAGGCGCUUCCCAUCCGACCUACUGCGACUAAACAACCUGGGCCAAGUAAUUCUGACGACCCGGAUGCUGUCCCAGUGCUCCGUUGGCAAGAAGGUUCAGCUUCCAAUUGUCGAGGCAGCAUGCACAAUGUUUCCUUCCACCUUGAGCCGGCUACCCUUUGACGAAGCCGUGCCUUUGCUUGCCGAGUGCGCCACGAAGCACGUGAAACA